GCUAUAUCUAUAAUAUAAUAAAGUUGGCUUAUUGCUUCUUCAAAUAUAUACAGCUAAUUUUUAUUUUGUUUAGAUUGGUAUAAAACAUACAAGCAGAUAUAUAUUAACACUAACAAUGUAUAUUUGGAUGGAAUUGUAGCUAUAAGAAACUUUUGCUAUGAGAAACUAUUGCUAUGAGUAGAUCAAUUAUACCACAGAAAUCUAUAUGUCCAUUAAAAGAAAAUAAUACAACUGUUUUAAAGAAAGAUACUUCAGAGAUCAACGAUAAUUGCGAUUUAUUUUUGGUUCGAAAAUCAUUGGCUCCAUCAACCAGCUCUAUAAUGUCAAAAUCAAAUCACAAAAUAGAAAAUUUUUCAGAAGAAAAUACGUUUGAUGAUGAAGAUCAUGAAAAAGUCACAAUUAUCACAUUAAAAACACCAAUUUUUUCAAAUAAUAACUUUCUUAAAUCAGUUUCCUUUCCUUCAGAAAGAAUUGCUACAUUAUACAAAAAAUAUUUUUUUCAUUUAAAUCAAAACUACAUGAACUGGUUUUUAAUUAUACUUAUUUCUGUUGCUCUUGUUGACAUAGGAAUUAACUUCUCGUUUAAGAUAAGAGAGACACCAUACACAUACAGUCAUGGUAUUUAUCUUAUAGCUAAAGUUUUAGUGCUUGUAGUUUUAUUAAGCUUAAUAAACUGGAUGGAUUCAUCAGGUAAACUCCUAAUGGCAGUUUCAUACAUUUUGGUAAUUCUAAACUGUUUAGAUAUUGUUUUUAAUUUGUUAUUUUUGCCAAAAUCAAUGUCUGGACCACUAGCCUCUACAAUAUUUUUUAUUUACAUGACUUAUGUUAUGCUACCUUUGGAAAUUCGUGUUUCAAUAUUUUGUGGUGUACUGUUCACACUAACACACUUAGUUACUAGUCUUACAAGCAAAUCAACAGAGAAUGUUGUGCCUGUAACGAUUGGAUAUGUUUUAAUUUGCAUUGUAACAAAUGUUGCUGGUAUAUUUACUCAUUAUCCAUCUGAAAAAUCUCAAAGACAGGGGUUUCUUGAAACUAGAGAGUUUGUUGAAGCGCGUUUAAACUUGCAAAGAGAAAAUCAAGAACAGGAGCGGUUAUUACUAUCGGUUCUUCCAAGACAUGUUGCCAUGGAGAUGAAAGCAGAUAUUGAAGUUGAGCAAGAUCAGACUACACAGUUUAGUAAGAUUUAUAUUCAAAGGCACACAAAUGUCAGCAUAUUGUUUGCAGAUAUUGAAGGUUUUACACUACUUGCCUCACAGUGUACUGCCCACGAACUUGUCAAAACAUUAAAUGAAUUAUUUGCUCGCUUCGAUCAACUUGCAGAGAAAAAUCACUGCAUGAGGAUCAAAAUAUUAGGUGAUUGUUAUUAUUGUGUUUCCGGGCUCCCUGAACCACGCCCUAAUCAUGCCAACUGCUGUAUUGCAAUGGGUUUGGAUGUUAUUGAUGCAAUAUCAGUUGUAAGAGAAAGGACUGGAGUUAAACUAAACAUGAGAGUCGGAGUACACAGUGGUAAAGUCCAUUGUGGUGUUUUAGGUUUGCGCAAAUGGCAAUAUGAUGUGUGGUCAAACGAUGUUACUAUAGCAACUCAUAUGGAAUCUGGUGGGCUGCCAGGGAGAAUUCACAUCACUGAGGCUGUUUAUAAGGAAAUAAAGGAUGAUUAUGAAAUUGAAGAGGGACAUGGUUAUCAAAGAGAUUCAUAUCUAAAAGAAAAUAAUAUAAAUUCUUUUUUUAUAAAGUCACCAACAACUGAUGAAAAAUCAGCAUUUAAUUCUAAUCUUAAAAAUAAAACACGUGAAGAAUGGACAGAAGAACCUAUAAUGAAUUUACAGCCAUUUUCAAAAAAGUUUUUUGAGAAUGUUGAGGUUGAUGGCGCUGCUGAUAUGAAGGAGAAAAAGAUGCGUGAAAGGUUAGGAAUGGUUGAGCAAGAAACUUUACCUGAAGAUGAAGUCAAUGAGUUUUUAGAAAAGGCUAUAAAUGCUCGAAGUGUAGAUCAUUUAAAAAGGGAACAUGUGCGACCAAUCUUUCUUAAAUUUAAAAAAAAGGAAUUUGAAAAAAAGUACAUUGAAGAAACAGACUAUAUGAUUGUGCCUGACAUGAUAUUUUUGGGAAUUUUAUUUUUAUUUGUAAUAUGCAUUAAUAUAACUGUUCUUCCUCGGUCAAAAGGACGUUUGUAUCUCUACAUGGUCAUAUUUUUUCUUCUUGUUUUCAUUGUCCUGCUUAUUUCUAUACAUAGACUAAAAAAAUUUGAAAACUUUCUUGAGCUGAAACGUAUAAAUUUACAAACAUUAUAUCAGUGUGGUUCCUACUUUGUAAUUUUUCUCAUAUAUAUUGCUGCUAUCUCAAACCUUUUUUUCUGUCCGGAAGAAAAGAUCAUUUUUGAACAAUGUAAAAAUAUAUCAAAUGAAAAUAUCACCAGACGUCCAGCUAUUAACUCUAACUAUUGUCAAUAUCCACAGUUUAUUUCCUACAUGAUGUUUCUUGUGAUGAUUGCAAUAGCUGUAUUCCUUCAUAUAAAGUCCAUAAUUAAAUCAAUAUUAUUAGGAACUCUUGGCUUCACCUAUUUGUUACUGGUGUGUUUAAAAUAUAAAAAUCUUUUUGAGUGGCAUGACACAGUAUCUUCUUGCAAUAAAGUAGUUGAACAUACUCCUUUACUUGUUGAAACAAUUUGUAUGACAUUGUAUUUGCUAUUUUCGCUAUGCUGUUACAGUUACCUACAUGAACAGAUAUCUCGGCUAGAUUUUCUAUGGAAAGCACAAGCUACACAAGAAAGAGACGAAAUGGAGGAUAAACGAAAAUAUAAUAAAAAACUGUUAUAUAACAUAUUGCCAGCUCAUGUAGCUGAACAUUUUUUACAAAGCAAGGACAAUGAGGAGCUUUAUGCACAGGCAUGCGUAAGUGUUGCUGUAUUGUUUUCAAAUAUAUGUAACUUCUCAGAGUUCUAUUUGGAGUUGGAUGCAAAUGGAGAUGGCAUGGAAUGUUUAAGAGUUCUCAACCAAAUUAUUGUAGAUUUUGAUAGUUUACUUUCAGAAAAGCGUUUUAAGUCUGUUGAAAAAAUUAAAACCAUUGGAGAAACUUACAUGGCUGCUGCUGGUUUAAACAUACAAUCUUGUGAAGAAUUACAAACCCUAGAACACGUUGAAGCACUUGCUACAUUUAGUAUGGAAAUGAGAAAUACACUUGAGGAUAUGAACAAAAAUGCAUUUAAUACAUUUGAAAUGAAAUCUGGUUUAAACUUUGGACCUGUAGUAGCUGGGGUCAUUGGUGCUAGAAAACCCCAGUAUGACAUAUGGGGAGAUACUGUCAAUGUUGCUAGCAGAAUGUAUAGUACUGGUAAACCAAACUGUAUUCAAGUAACACAAAGUGUUUACAAUCUGCUCUCUAAGCGUGGUUAUACUUUUGAGUGUCGUGGUUUAGUACCAGUAAAAGGAAAAGGAAAGAUGGUUACUUACUGGCUGAAAGGAAAAGAAGUCUCUUAUGUGGCAUCGACAUAGUUAUUAUAAGAGUUUUACCUCCAUCUUUUUUAUAUUUGUGCACACGCAUAUAUAUAUAUAUAUAUAUAUA